AUGGCGUCUAUAGACAAUGUUUUCUCACUCGGUACUCGGUUCUCAAUCCCAGAAAACCCCAAGAGAUCGAUAUUGAAACACGCGACUACAUCGAGUUUCUCCGCGAGAACUCAAACUCGAUGGAGAGCUCCAAUUCUGCGUCGGUCGUUUACAGUUUUGUGCGAAUUGAAAACUGGGUCAUCUAGCUCCGGCGAGACGAACAAUUCCCCUGCUGCUGACGAUUUCGUAACUAGGGUUUUGAAGGAGAAUCCUAGCCAAGUGGAACCUCGUUACCGAGUUGGUGAUAAGCUGUAUAAUCUGAAGGAGAGAGAAGAUUUAAGCAAAGGCACCAAUGCGGCGACGGGUGCGUUUGAAUUUAUCAAAAGGAAGUUUGAUUCGAAGAAGAAAACAGAGACAGACAAAAGCGAAGAGUCUGUUUAUUUGAGUGAUAUUUUGAGGGAGUACAAAGGAAAGCUUUAUGUUCCGGAGCAAGUUUUUGGGCCAGAGUUAUCUGAAGAAGAGGAGUUUGAGAAAAAUGUGAAAGAUUUACCAAAGAUGAGUUUGGAAGAUUUUAGAAAAGCUAUGGAGAAUGAUAAAGUUAAGCUGCUUACAUCGAAGGAAGUUUCUGGUGUUUCUUAUACGAGUGGCUAUAGAGGUUUUAUUGUUGAUCUUAAGGAGAUUCCUGGAGUCAAGAGCUUACAGAGAACCAAAUGGUCAAUGAAGCUUGAAGUUGGAGAAGCUCAAGCUCUUCUGAAAGAAUACACGGGUCCGCAGUACGAAAUUGAAAGGCACAUGACGUCUUGGGUUGGAAAAGUGGCGGACUUCCCAAACCCUGUUGCGUCUUCUAUUUCAAGUAGAGUGAUGGUUGAGCUGGGAAUGGUGACAGCAGUUAUUGCUGCAGCCGCAGUUGUUGUUGGAGGAUUCUUAGCCUCAGCUGUUUUUGCAGUCACUAGUUUCGCCUUUGUCACUACAGUAUAUGUUGUUUGGCCUAUAGCAAAGCCAUUCCUCAAACUUUUUGUUGGCGUCUUCCUUGGUGUUCUUGAAAAAUCAUGGGAUUACAUUGUUGAUGUUCUCGCCGAUGGGGGCAUCUUCUCAAGGAUUUCUGAUUUCUAUACAUUUGGUGGUGUAGCAUCAAGUCUGGAGAUGCUCAAACCAAUCCUACUUGUUGUCAUGACUAUGGUUCUUCUUGUUCGUUUCACACUGUCACGGAGACCAAAGAACUUUAGGAAAUGGGAUUUAUGGCAAGGGAUUGCUUUUUCUCAGUCUAAAGCAGAAGCUCGUGUUGAUGGUUCAACCGGUGUUAAAUUCGCUGAUGUUGCAGGGAUUGAUGAAGCAGUUGAUGAACUUCAAGAGCUUGUAAAGUACUUGAAGAAUCCCGACCUGUUUGAUAAAAUGGGAAUUAAACCUCCCCAUGGAGUUCUUCUGGAGGGUCCCCCUGGUUGUGGCAAGACACUCGUUGCAAAAGCCAUUGCGGGGGAAGCUGGUGUACCGUUCUACCAAAUGGCAGGAUCUGAAUUCGUCGAAGUUCUUGUUGGAGUUGGGUCAGCUCGUAUCAGAGAUCUGUUUAAAAGAGCUAAGGUAAACAAGCCAUCCGUUAUUUUCAUCGAUGAAAUUGAUGCCUUAGCAACUCGACGUCAAGGGAUUUUCAAGGAAAACUCAGACCAGUUGUACAAUGCGGCCACACAAGAAAGAGAAACCACAUUGAACCAGCUACUCAUCGAGCUUGAUGGUUUUGACACAGGCAAAGGUGUGAUUUUCUUGGGUGCCACCAAUCGCAGAGAUUUGUUAGACCCUGCUCUUCUACGUCCAGGUCGAUUUGAUCGAAAGAUAAGAGUCCGUCCCCCUAAUGCGAAAGGGAGAUUGGAUAUUCUGAAGAUUCAUGCCAGCAAAGUCAAGAUGUCGGAUUCUGUUGACUUAUCAUCUUAUGCAAGUAACUUACCAGGAUGGUCCGGAGCAAAACUGGCACAGUUGGUUCAAGAGGCUGCUCUUGUAGCUGUCAGGAAAACGCAUAACUCGAUUCUUCAAUCAGACAUGGACGACGCUGUGGACCGACUCACUGUUGGUCCGACACGUAUUGGUUUAGAAUUGGGACAUCAAGGUCAGUGUCGUAGAGCCACAACUGAAGUCGGAGUGGCAAUCACUUCACAUCUUUUAUUGCGGUAUGAGAAUGCAAAGAUUGAGCGGUGCGAUCGCGUUUCUAUCAUUCCUCGUGGUCAGACACUGUCUCAAGUUGUGUUUCAUCGGCUUGAUGAUGAGUCCUACAUGUUUGGUCGUCUUCCACAACUGCUUCAUCGUCUUCAGGUCUUGCUCGGAGGAAGAGCUGCAGAAGAAGUGAUCUACGGUUCAGAUACUUCAAAGGCAUCAGUCGAUUAUCUCUCUGACGCCUCAUGGCUAGCUCGUAAAAUCUUAACCAUAUGGAACCUGGAGAACCCAAUGGUGAUACAUGGCGAACCACCACCAUGGAGAAAGAGACCUCAGUUCGUGGGACCACGCUUAGACUUUGAAGGAUCUCUCUAUGACGACUAUGACCUCGUCGAGCCGCCAGUUAACUUCAACAUGGAUGAUGAAGUCGCACAUAGAAGCGAAGAACUCAUUAGCCAGAUGUAUAACAAAACAGUUUCUCUCCUCAGGCAAAACCAAACCGCUCUCCUCAAAACCGUUAAGGUUCUAUUGAACCAGAAAGAGAUAAGUGGAGAAGCAAUAGACUUCAUACUUGACCAUUACCCUCCUCAGACUCCGUUAAAUUCUCUCUUACAAGAGCAAAAUCCGGGAAGUCUUCCUUUUGUCCCUGAACAUCUCCGGCGUGAAUCCGGCGACUUUGUCCUUGUUAAUCACUCUACCGACGUCAAUGCUCAAGUAUGAUUCCGGCGUCCCAGAGACAUCAAAUCACUAAGCUUAGGUUUAUUCAUUGUCCGUCAUUGUAACUUCGACUCAAUCUCUGAAGUUUCGGACAGUUAAAUUUACAGAAAUAAAGAAAAAAACUUGGGUCAAAGACACUUCUUUGAUUUGCUAACAAUAGAUUAGACAAACUUAAGUAUAAAUUUAGAAACA